AAAACCUAGAAAUGGCACCUAAAUGGUACGAAUGGCCAUUAUAUGCCUUCGCAACACACAGACAAUUUAGAGCAUUAGCACACAGCGGGACACCGAAUGUAUCAAAGAACGCAUCACCUGUGACAACUAUCAACGAGUUGGAAAGCGGCAGGAGUGAGGAGGAGAAGAGGGAGCUCGAAGGAAGAGAUCCUUAUCUCAUCGAUGAGAAGUCAUCACCAGAAAUUGAUCCAAAAAACUGGCCAACAUGGAAAAAAGUAAUGACGAUCAUCCAAUUGAGUAGUCUGGGUUUGAAUUUGACGUUCGCGUCAAGUGUUUCAGCAACAGCUGGUGUAGGUGCUGCUGAGACAUACGGAGUAUCACAAGCAGUUGCUAAUCUUUCCGGAACUGCAAUUUUCUUGAUAGGCUUUGCCUGGGGUGCUCUACCGCUAGCACCACUCUCUGAGGAAGUCGGACGUACACCUGUGUACCUUUGGACACUUCUCAUGAGUUCGAUUUUGGAAAUUGGUGCUGGAAGAUCGAAACAUAUGUAUGGCCAACUUCUGUGUCGAUUUUUUGCCGGAUUUACGGGUGCAACACCACUCUCAAACUCAGGAGGUAGUGUAGUUGAUGUUAGUAGGCCUUCAGAAAGAAACUACUUGUUCGUUUUAUUCAGUUCAUCAGCAUUCAUUGGACCGGUUCUUGGACCUGUAAUUGGUGGUCUUCUCACACAAUAUGCCAGUUGGGAGUGGUCUUACUAUCUCACAGCUAUUUGGGGUUUCGUUGUUUUCCUUCACGUUGGACUUUUCGUCCCAGAAACAUACGCUCCUGUUCUCUAUAGAGAGAAAGCUAAAGCACUUCGUAGAAAGACGGGCGACAAACGUUGGCAUUCAAAGUAUGACAACCCAGACUUAAAGGAGACAUUCAAGAUCGCUAUGGUACGACCAUUCAAUUUCCUUCUUAAAGAACCUAUCGUCAUUUUCUUCACUAUUUACAUCUCUGUCGUUUACUAUUUACUUUUCGGUUUCUUGGAAAGUUACUCUGUAAUCUUCGGUGAAUGGUACGAACUCGAUGUCGUUUGGAUUGGUGUUGCAUUCGUACCUAUGAUUAUUGGUAUUCUAUUAGGCGCAGUAUUCCUUAUUCCGUUCUGUAAUCAUUACAGUCGUAUCAUAAAGGAACAUGGUUCCAUGCAGCCUGAAGAGCAUUUGAAACCUCUUCUCGUUGGAGCUGUCGGAUUGCCUAUCUCUCUUUUCUGGUUAGGAUGGACCACAUAUCCUGAUCGCAUACCGCUUUACGCACCUGUCAGUGCAGGUGUUCUGUUCGGUUUCUCAUUGUUCCAGGUUUUCGUUGGUACAUACCAAAUCAUCAUGAGUUCAUACUCUCGGUAUGCAGCAUCGGCACUGGCCGGUUUCACAUUCGUAAGAUAUAACAUUUCAGGAGGAAGUGUUAUGGCAUCUGCACCUAUGUUCAGAAACCUCACACCACAUUGGGCAGCUACGCUGCUGGGUAUAAUCAGUGCAUUGCUCAUUCCAGUAGCAUUUGUGUUUUACAAGAAGGGACCUGCAAUUAGAGCUAAAUCAUCAUUCGCAGUUAAUGAUUAGAAUAUUAUAGAUUUACUUGUUUAAUAUAUCACAACAUAAUUAGUAAUAAUUUAUUAUUUUUCGAUGCAUUUCUAA